GAGGGGACGGUUUGAUUGGCACCUCCGGAGCACGAGGGCGGGGCCGUCGGUAACCCCGCCCCCAGAAGCCGCUGACGGGGAAGGAGAGGAGGAAGAGCCGGUUGUCGGUUGUUUGCUUUGGGUUUUGCGCAGCCAUGAAUCUUCGUGGACUCUUCCAGGACUUUAACCCGAGCAAAUUUCUGAUCUAUGCCUGCCUACUACUGUUCUCCAUUUUGCUCUCGCUGCGCCUGGACGGGAUCAUCCUAUGGAGCUAUUGGGCAGUCUUUACUCCCGUCUGGCUAUGGAAGCUAAUGGUGAUCAUAGGCGCCUCGGUGGGAACCGGGGUUUGGGCACGCAAUCCACAAUACAGGGCUGAAGGAGAAACCUGUGUGGAAUUUAAAGCAAUGCUGAUAGCAGUUGGAAUCCAUCUGUUGCUGUUAAUGUUUGAAGUUCUGGUGUGUGACAGGAUUGAACGAGGAACCCAUUUCUGGCUGCUUGUCUUCAUGCCGCUGUUCUUUGUGUCUCCGGUGUCAGUGGCUGCCUGUGUGUGGGGUUUUCGACAUGAUCGAUCUUUGGAGUUGGAAAUCCUGUGCUCUGUGAACAUUCUUCAAUUCAUAUUCAUUGCGCUGAGAUUGGAUGAAAUCAUAAAGUGGCCUUGGCUGGUGGUCUGUGUCCCUUUGUGGAUCCUGAUGUCAUUUCUCUGCCUGGUGGUGCUCUACUACAUUGUGUGGUCCGUACUUUUCUUGCGAUCUAUGGACGUGAUAGCCGAACAAAGGCGGACCCACGUUACAAUGGCCAUCAGCUGGAUGACCAUUGUUGUUCCACUUUUGACCUUUGAGAUUCUUUUAGUUCACAAGCUGGAUGGUCAUAAUAACUUCUCAUAUAUUCCAAUUUUCAUCCCUCUUUGGCUUUCUCUCAUGACAUUAAUGGCAACAACCUUUGGACAGAAAGGGGGUAAUCACUGGUGGUUUGGAAUUCGCAAAGAUUUCUGUCAAUUUCUUCUAGAGAUCUUCCCCUUCUUGAGGGAAUAUGGAAACAUUUCGUACGAACUUCACCACGAUGACAGUGAAGAGUCUGAAGAAAUACCUAUACCAGAACCUGCUAAGAUACCCCCCAUGUUUUAUAAAAAGACUGGAGCUGUGAUUACCCAGAGUCCUGGGAAGUAUUUUGUCCCCCCUCAAAAGCUGAACAUCGACAUGCCUGAUUAAGAUUUAGAGGGGAGGAUAUUGGACUUGAAUGAAAUAGUGCUAUCUGGAUAUGGUACUUUUAUGUUAUACAUGCGUAGCUGUUGUAUAAACGGGACUCUCUCUGGCAUACAACACUGUGCUGCCAAAAAUGUAAAAAAUACAGUCCAUGAAGUCAGUUUCUAUUUGCUAUAGGCCUUUUCAUAAUUUAAAACUGAAUAGAACACCUGUGCUACAGUGUCACUAGCAGCAGUAAAGGCAGAUGCUGCUAUUGUAUUCCCACCGUGGCAGUGUGUUGCUGUUGAAACAGUGUGCUGAAUCCGCAUCUUAAUAUAGUUUAACCUGAUAAUUCAACGCUUUCUUGCGCUUAAAACAAAAAGUUGAGUGGUUGCAUACUUUAAAUUACACUGCAAAUUCUUUAUUUAGUGCUAGAGGAGAUUUUAAUGGGCUGAUAAUUAGAAUUGAGAUACUUUGAAUUAACAGGAUUAGGCUGUAUUUAAUGAUUGCAGGAAAGUGGAUAAAACCCAGUAAACAGAAACAUGUUGGGCUUUCAAAUUAUGUCAAUACUUGAUUGCUGUAAUUGACUGCAACAGGAUCGAAUGACUGGAACUAUUCAUCCACCUUUCCAUUAAGGCACAAAAUGUUUAUGAUAAAUAGAUUGUUGAAGGCAACCCUCUACUUCCAUAGAGGGUUGGAUCUGGUGAAUCCAUAUAGCCACUUUACACUGCACAGAAUGCUUUAAUAGAAGUUCUGUCCACAAAGGUAAGACUUUAGCGUAGUGAUUCAAUGUGAAUGCAGAUGCAUAUUUUCUUUUAUUUUUAAUAUUGGUUCAGCGUGAUCCUCUCCAUUUUGCUGUGUUCCCAAAAACAUAUUUGGGUCUAUUCACAGCUUGACAACUCUUAAAACAUUGCUUAAAUGCUUCUUCUCUCUUUGAAAGAAAACAGUUCCGACAUUGUGGAUCUGGACCCAUUUUGUUAAAGUGAUAUUGCUUGGAUUUCUACAUGUUUGCAACUACUUGUAUGUGAUAGCCUCCUUGAAUAGAAAAUUAACAAAACUCUGCUUGGAAAGCAGUGAGACGGGUUCUUACUUAUCCUUGGAGAAGUAUGUAGUUGUUCUUUGUGCCCGAUGCAUUGCAUUUUGCUUGGUCUUAUUCCUAACAAAGACAUGGAGUGCAAUAAUAACGUGUGUAUAAAAGUGUUUUUUAAUGCAUGAACUGAAAUUUGAACAACCUUUUUGUUGUGUGACUUAUUAAAAUGCAGUUUGUAUCCAGUGAAAAGCUGGUUAUGCUUUUUGAGUAGGCUGAAUAUCUGUUAAAUUAACACCUGCCCUUGUUAAAAUAAUGUUUGUCCCUAGUUAGAUGCUGGAUGCAAUGCAAAACACUGCUGUAAUAUAUCAAUACCUACAAUGCUCUCCUAGUUCUGGGUACCUAUUCUUUGAAUGGGAAUCAUGUUAUCUGCUUAAAUUUGCAAACAGAAUGUAAUUGGGUAAUGGCUGUUAUGAAACAUUGUCACUGAAGAUGGGGUUUGAGAUAUUUGCAUAAGCUCUUGCUUAGAAUAUGUCAGAAUGUGUUUGUAGUUUAUUGAGCUACCUAAUUAUGCAGUAUUAUUGAUGCUACAGAGGGAGGAAGUGUUGAAUCCCUUUACCAAUGCAUCAAAUGACUAGUUUAAAAUUUGUACUUCUAAUCUUGAUCAUAUAAAAUUUUGUUUGCUACGUUUGCUUUUAUUUCACACCAUACAACCAAGAUUCAUGAAAUUGCACAAUUUCCUUGUGUACUGGGUAAUUAAUUGAAUUACUGAUAUUACUUAAGGUUGUGGUAAUUAAUUAAAACUUAAGUGACUUGGCCUAAAAUGGAUGUUAGCAUAACAAAAUACUUGCCUUAAAACUUUUGUGAUUCUCCUUUAAAAUUGUAAAUUAUGUAUAAGUUCAGAUAAUUUCCUUCAAAGUGACAAGCUUGAGAGCUUUAGUUUCGCAGUUGCAAUCUUUAAAGCUCGAUCAUCCAAUAUGUUCAGUUUUUUGUAUAGAUGUAUGGUGGAUUUAAGGAAAACUAAUUUGUAUCAAGAGUAUCUGGCUGAAUUCUGAGGUGUUUUUAACAGUAAUCGGCUGACUGAUUUUUCCUCCUGUAUAACACAAACCAUGAGAUCAAUGAUUGAAUUUAUGAAAUUAUUUGGCAUUUAGUGAUCAGAUGAAAUGUAAUAUCAUGGACUGCAUUACUGUCAUGUAAUAUGGUGAAAUGUCUGCUGGUUUCAAAGAUUAUUCUUGAGCAUAUUUGGUGAUCUUGUUGGUAUGUUUCCCACAACUGUGGUUCAUUGCUAAAAGCUGUUUCAGUAUAUGGACUCUGGAGUUCCUUCCUUCAUGUUUUCUCUGCUGGUGCAUUGAUUCAUGGGUGUGUGCUGCCACUGUUGAUAUCACAGCAUAGAAACACUGAAGGGGCCACAUUUAGCUUCCAUCACCUGUGUUGUAACCAGAUGGAUCAGAUUGUAAAAUUGUAGAAUGGUCCAGUCAUCAGCAAGUUGAUUUCAAGUGAACAAAACAUUCACGGGGUUCUGACUUGAAUGUGUUAUGGUAGACAUGCUCCACUAGACCACUGCCCAGGUGCUGAAGUUGAAAGUUUUCUCUCUGUAUUUUGAGCAGUGAUUGUCAACCACUCUUCCAAAAAUGUUUGAGUUGUUAUAUUGCCAUUUCUACAUAGGUGCAACAAAGGUCGUGGGCUGGAAUGGCAUUGUUGACGUUAACUUUUCUCUCAUUUUGGUCUUUGACCUAAACUCUCUAAUUUUGCAGGCAGUGUUUCAGAUUGGAAAGUUGCUGCUAUUAUAUGGUGAGAAUUCAUCGCUCCUGCAAAUCUAAAAUGUCACAUUAAAUUAUUGCAUUGAACCAUUUGACAAGCCACCUAUAUUCAGAUUAAUUGUUUUGGAGAACCAUAAAAAUUAAGUGUGCAGAGAUCCUAUAUAAUUGAUUUACUUAAUAACUUGUGAUAGCGUGUUAAUUUUAUGAAUGUUCUGUAUAUAAUUUUUACCAAACCUUAAACUGCUGGAGGAAUAGGAAAGAGGGGUAUUAUGCUACACAGAGUGGCUAUAUAAACGGGUAUGAGGUGAUAAGUAUUUCAAACCCAAAGAUUUCUAAGCUCUUGGCAGUGCAGAUGUGUGUUGAUCGAAGACAGCAAAGUGGGAACUCUCAGCUGGUCUGAGGGGAAGAAGUGCAAUCGUUUUGUUAUUGUAGAAAACACUUGUUGGACCAAACAGAGAUUGAUGUUGUUCUUUGUGAAAUGUUUCUGUAAUAUCUGAAAUGUGUAUUAAUGUGUAAUGAGUACAUGCUGCUUUUUAUUCAGUAAAUUUAAUAAACAAAUGUU